AUGGAUCCCGGGGGGAUGCGGAAGAAGGUGGCCGAAGCGGCUGCGCGUCUCAGGCUCUCCAAAGCCAGGAGGGACCUCCAGAAGCUGAAAGCUGCGAAAAAGAUGAUUGAAAAGGAGCGAGCAGAAGCGGCUGAAGAGGAAAGAGCUGCCGCAGAACUUGACAAUACGGAAUAUAUCAGAUGGCCAGCCUUCAGAGUCAUGGAAACGAUCCCCGAGGUUUCUGAGACAAAGUCGGUUGAUAUCCAAGUCCAUGGCAUGAAAGCCAGGGUUUAUCUAAGCCGUCCUGACGAAGACAUCGUGCCUUUGCGAUACCUCAAGAGAGCAGACAAAGACAAGAUCGUCCAUCGCGCUGUCUGGAUCUUCCGCAACGCCAGAAACGGACGUCGAGUCAAUCAGAAAAAAUGGCCUACCCUCGAGACCAUUUUCUUCGACGUCUUCCGUAACCUCAAGAAUUCUCCUCAGUGGGAUAAAGGUCUCUUCGAGGACGAGGCAGGAAGUGCCGCUACCUGUCCAACCAACCUUGAAUUCAGACAAGCACGUUACAACCAAGACAACGUACUUCAUGCUCUCAUAUCCGAGUUGUUCUUUAACGUGGAUGUCAUGCACCCAACUUCAAAGCCUAUGCUUUGGUUCCACCUCUACCCCAAAGUCAUGGGAGAAUACCUCGAAUAUUGGACCGGGUACAAGGAGAAACGUCAAGACGGACCCUGUACCUCCGGCCGCGUCGUCGUUGAUUAUUACCCCGAUGCUAUGUAUGCCCGCACCGUCCUGCCAAUGACAACUACUCUAACUGACAACCAACCACUCCACAAAACUCUCUCCCAAAACUUCCAACUCCACCUCGGCCAACUCCUCACCAACCUGCACCACAUGCACAUCCACCGCCACCACCUCCCCGACCAAGAAGUCUUCCUAAUCAACCUCCACGGCAGCAGACUUCACGUCCAACGCGCCAUCUUCCCCAGUUCCAAGAUCUCACGCAUCUACUGCAAGAAGUACAAGCCCGUCGACACUUCCAACACCGAGCUGCACACUUUCCGGGCCGGAGACGCCACUCGCCGCUACACCGAGCAGGAUCUCGAGCACGAUAUAGAUCAACUCGAUUGGCUACACACUCUCAAAGAGGAGAGGAACGAGGCCCCGGAUGAAGAUGACGCUCCUGUGUUCCGCGUGCUCGCUAGUAAGGAGUAUGAUCUCUGGAAAAAGAGUGAUUGGCAUGCUGCGUUGAAGUUGUUGGCUGGCCUGAAUCGUUAUUUGAUGGGCGGCCGCGCUAAGUGUGGUGUCAUGCAGAAUAUGUUUGAGAAGUUUCCGCUGGAGGAGUCGCUGCCUGCGGAGUCGUCUGCGGCUAGGCGCUGA